AUGAACUUUGAUGUGAAUGUUAUUCUUGCUGAAGAGGAAUUAAAUUUGUAUCGUUUUAGAAUUUUUUGGGAUAAAGUUAAUCCCAAAAGAAAAGAUUGUCGACAUGCAAUAUUGAGUUAUCAAAAUCAGAUACGCGAUUUACGUAAAAUGAAACCAAAGCGGUGGUUGGGAGAAAUUAAACAACCUUGCGUCAUUGCUACGUUCAUUGGACAGGAUCUUCAAUCUGUUCUUCGUCCUGACCUGCACAUUGGAGAAAUGUCACAUAUAUGGAAAAAAUCAAUAAAAAUAUUUGCUAGUGUGAUAAAAGAUUAUUGUUCCUUUUCAAUGAACUUAAGCUUCUUUAUGGAGGACGAAUCAUUGAGACAACCUCGCAAGCAAGGGCCUCCACACCCUUGGGAUCGAUGCAGCCUCAUUGAGAUCGAUGCAGCCGUCGCUUGA